AUGCAAACCUGUUCGCUUCUCUUGCGCGCUGUCUGGCAGAGCAAGCAUAUCGAAUUGUACAAAAUUCUUCGAGAGUUGCCAUGGCCCGAGCGAUCACAACCCCUAGUACAACGUUAUGAAGUCUAUUUCCAAGAAAAGACGCUAGUAGAAGUGAGCAAUUCCUACGAGACGAUACGGGUCGCCGCCGCCGCAAGAUAUCUUGGAGCCGACCCGGACGUUGCGGAAAGUGAUCUGAUCGAAAAGUUCACGGCCUGUGGAUGGAAGUGGGAUAGUGAAACACAUUUACUACACCCGAAACCCGUCGCCGCCGCUCCCCCGAAGGAUGAUAGCUUGCAGAAUGAACUGAGCCGAGUCAUGGCGCUAAUCAGCAAUCAGGGCAGCUGA